AUGAUUGCUAAAUUAUUAUUACUAUUAUUUUAUUUUAAUAUUUAUUGCUUCGCACAGUAUGAUGUUGACCCAAAUGGUUAUAUCAUGUUUUGUCCAUGUAUGGGUCGAUUUGGUAAUCAAGCUGAACAAUUCCUCGGUGUUAUAUCUUUUGCUCGAACACUCAAUCGAACUCUUGUACUUCCACAUUGGAUUGAAUAUCCAACACGAAGUAUUACUUCAGAUCAAAUUCCAUUUGAUACAUAUUUUCAAGUUGAACCAUUACAAACUUAUUUAAAAGUUAUUUUAAUGAAAGAUUUUAUGAAACAUUUAGCUAAUAAAGUUUGGCCAAAAGGAAAACGAUAUGUUUUUUGUUAUAGUGCUCAGAUCAAUGAAGAAAGUCCGAAACAAAGUUGUCAUGCAAAAGAUGGCAAUCCAUUUGGACCAUUUUGGUCACAUUUUAAUAUUGAUUUUGAUCAGGAUAUUUUUUAUCAACCACUUUUUUAUGAAAUUCGAACAUCAAAUGAUUGGAAUACAAAAUAUCCAUCAAUAGAAUAUCCUGUUCUUGCAUUUAGUGGACCACCAGGAACUCUUGAACGAAAUAUUCCAUUAGUUAAAUACUUUGUCUAUUCGGAUUAUAUUCGAGAAAAAGCGGAAAAUUUUUUAAAUAAACAUCAAAUCUCACCUGACACAUUACUUGCUAUUCAUUUAAGAACUGGAGUAGAUUUUGAACGAGCAUGUACAUAUCUUAAUGGGAAAUCAAAUUUUUUUGCAUCUGCACAAUGUCUUGGUUUUAAUCUUGAAAAAGGUAUACAAUUAACAAAUGAUAUAUGUUAUCCAUCAGAAGAGAACAUUUUAAAACAAACAGAAAAUAAGAUUCAAGCGUCAAAAUCAACUGUUUUAUAUAUUGCUGCUGAUGGCGAUCAUAUGAUGGAGAAAUUUCAAAAACGUUUUGGAAAAAAAUAUGGUGUAAAAAUCAUUAAAUAUGAACGACCAUCAAGUCAAAGUGAAGGUGAAGCAGCACAUUUAGAUUUAUAUAUAUUAAGUGUAGCUAAACAUGCUAUUGUUAAUUGUCCAUCAACAUUUUCAGCAUUUGCAAAACGACAACGUGAUGCACAUGAUAAAUUAACUGAUUUUUGGGGUAUUGAAAAUAGUCAAUUAACGAACGAACCUAAUUCUGAUCUCUAA